CUCUCUCUAGCUUUUUAUUUUUUUCUUUCUUUCUCACUCUUUUGUUUUGAAGAGUCUUUAAACGCAUAUUCAGAGAUGGGGGGUGAAUGUGGUGAUUAAUGUUACAAACUUGCUUUUUUGUUGAGAGAAGAGAACCUGAUGCCCUUUUGAUGUGUGAGUGGGUGAUGCUGUUUUUCUCUCCUUCUCAUUUCUCUCUCUCUCUCUCUCUCUCUCAGAACAGUACUCAUAAACGCCUCAUUUCUCUCUUAUUGUCUUCUAAAAAUCUCCUUGAAAAAUGGCAAGUCAAAUUCCCAAGGCUAAAUGGUUGAAGAUUCGAGUGGGAUUGUUUGACCCGAAUACUGCUUUCUGUCGCUGCUGCUUCGCGUGGAGGUUCGGGGUUACCACAAGCUACAAUUAGAGAGAAAUAAGAGACAAUCAAAGAGGAAGAGAGAGGGGUUUUGUUAUGCUGAAGAUAAGGGGCAGUGCUGGAGAUAGAAGCAGUAUCAGUGUGCUUGUGACUGUUGUACAAACAGCACAAGAAGAGAGAAGCCUUUCAUCAGAUGUUAUCCAUUCAAAACCCUCCACCAGAUGCCCCAUGUCCUUGUCAAUUUCUAGUACAGCUGAAAAGUGGUGGUGAUGAGAUCGAGAGACCUCAUAAACUUCCUUUGCCUGAAGUAGAUCUGCUAAAGCAGCCGUCUCUUGAUAAUCAUCAUCAUCAUCAUCAUCCUAAUAUCCCACUCCCCGAAUUCUCCAUAAGAGAUUAUGUGUUCACUGCCCGAGGCAAGGAUAUCAAGAAGAAUUGGCCGUUUUCUCCAAAAAAUUUGCAACUUUGUCUGAAGCAUGGCUUGAAGGAUCCAUUGCCACCAUUUCAGCCUCUUGAUGUGGUAAGAAACCAAUCCGUAGAGAGAUGUGUGGUUGAAACGAAUCCAUUUGAGAGGCAAAAUACAAGGAAAUUCGAUGAAGAGCCAUCUGGGCCAAACGAUCAUAUGGUACUAGAGUCAUCCAAUAAUGCUUACUCAAACCAUAACCUAGCAGGUAUUUGCAUAGACGAUAGCUUGUGCAGAUCCGGAGGAGAACAUGAAAAUGAUUUACCCUCCACAACGACAAGUGUUUCUCAAUCUGAAAUAGAGUCGGUUUUGAUUAACAAGGAAUCCAACUUACCAUUAGAAACCGAUACUUCAGUGGAAGCAUCAGCUGAAGUUCAAGCUGCUGUUCCUUUUAAGUCCCAUAAGACCGAAAACACAACCCGACCCACAGGAAAGAAGUGCAGAUUAAUAGUGAAAUUUGGUGCCCAUUCUGAUCGUAGCUCGCCUGAAGAUAUUGCUUCAAAUUGUACCAUGCUAUCUGAAUCGAUGGCUUCUAAAGUUUGCCCUGUUUGUAAAACUUUUUCGUCCUCUUCUAAUACCACCUUGAAUGCUCACAUCGACCAGUGUCUUUCUGUUGAGUCAACUGCCAAGUGGACAGCGGAUUCUAAGCUUACCAGGCAUAGAAUUAAACCAAGGAAGACAAGACUGAUGGUGGACGUAUAUGCUACCGCUAAAUCAUGCACAUUAGAAGAACUUGACAGGAGGAAUGGUACAAGCUGGGCCACCGCGUCAAAAAUCCCUAGACAGGAUUCUGAGAGACUUGAAAUAUCUGAUGAUGGGAAAAAGAAAAGAGUCUCCCCCAUUAAUCCCGAGGAUACUAGUGAUGCAGGUGCUGUUUAUGUUGAUGCCAAUGGUACCAAACUUCGGAUUUUAUCAAAGUUUAAUGAUGUGCCACCAGUGUCAAAAGUUGGAGAUGAUCUUGGAACGCACAAAUCUUUGAAAGGAGGUAAAGGAAGCAAAUUCUUUUCAACCAAAAAGAAAAGGUGCCAUGCCCCAAAACAUCACAAGUAUCUCAAACUUGCUCCUCAAAGCAGAAAAUUUUUCUCGCAUAAGACCCGUUCUUCAACGAUGGUUGGAGGACAAGAAGGAUACUGUGGAGUAGAAGAAAGACCUCGACCACAUGUGCCAAAGCAAAUCAAAUCCAAUGAUUCUAGAAACUUUAGAGAAAGGGUGUGCUCUAAACGAUCAGGUCUUUCAGGGAAGCCUAAUAAUCAAGAUGGACAUCAACCUUUGAUUUGUAAACAGCAUGUUUCUCGGGGCUUGCGGGUUCAGAGUCACCAAUCACAUCAAGGUGAUCUUGUUGUGGAGAGAAAUUGUGUUCGCAAGCUUAAAAAUUCAUCUGAAAGUCCAAUUUCUUCUCCUGAGAAAUGUGAGAGCAUAGAGAAGCCUGUUUAUGAAGCCCCAGUUAUUGAUAAGAGGGAGCCUUCUACGGGAAAAAAGGGAGUAAGGAGUCCCUUGUUUGGAGCCAGAAUCUGUAACAAGGUGGAGAGGUCUUUUCACCCACUUAAGCAAAAUGCAAAUCAGUUGAGCAAAGACCAUCCCCAUCUAGAUGAGGAUUAUAUGGUGAGAUCUCUAAACUCUGGUGGAAAUUGCUCAUCUUCAUGGAGCAAAAAGAUGGUUGAUAUUGGUGCAAAUAGUAAUCCCGAUACUCUAGUUGCUGCUAUUUCACCUAUCAGUCAUCUUUCUUCUGCAUCCAAAUGCUUCAGAUUUUCCUCACCAAAGAAAAAUGUGCGGUCUUCUAGCAGCCAGUCAUCCAUGGUUAAAUCUAGUUCUAGCUUGGUUAAGAAUUAUUCAACAAGGGAGAGUCAACUGCAUUUUAUGGCAGAAAUAGAUGAGAAGGAAGUGGCCUGGGAUCUUGAGGCAGAUCAAGAAUGUGACUUAGUGCAUGAUGGUGCUAAAAAUCAAUGUGAGGGGAAAGAAAUUUCUGAAGAAAUGUCAUUUGGUGGAAGCGGUAUCCAGGGAGCCGAAGAACAAAGAGGAAGAAAAAGUAUUUCCCGGAGGGAGGAAAGCAUGGCUUUGAUGAGCAUAAAAUCAGUACCUCAUGGUUAUGAUCAUGAUGAGAGAGAGAACUCAGAUUCUUCUGUAAGAGGUAGUCAUCAGGAUAUUCUGUAUAAAGUUGAUGGUUUGGAAUCUAUUGAGGAGACGCUUACUAGUUUGAAUCAGUCAGUAGAAACCAAGUUUAACAAGCUGAGUAAUCUUUCCAAGAAUAGAUCCAAUUCUUUACAGACUAAUGAAGAUUACAAUGGGCCUUUGUGUGGGGUUGAAGGACUGGCUGACCCUGCUGAGCCAAGUCUUGUUGAAAAACCAAAAAUGUUUUGUGCUGAUGUUGGCCACACUAUAAUUGGACAUACUGCUAAUAUGGGAGGAGAAUUAGAUUCUGAUGCUGCACAACGGAAUUCUUUUCCUGAGGUUGAUCCAAUACCUAUUCCUGGUCCACCAGGAUCAUUUUUGCCUAGUCCUAGAGAUAUGUGCUCUGAUGAUUUUCAAGGGAAUUCGUCAUUGACCAUCAGCCGGAUUCAAUCCUCUCAAGAUCAGCUUGAUUUGGUUGAUGGGGACUCAUCAGAUUCACCCAUAUCUGCUGUGUCAACAAUCUCUAAUUCUGCAGAAGCUAGGUUAGAUUUGAAGUAUGGAGAACCAUUAGCAUUUGCUGGUGCUCCUGCAGCUCUAAAAAUGGAUAGGUCUGGCUACUCUACUGCCAAGUCUGAGCCCUUAGUUGGGCACGGUGCCGUUGUUCCACAUACAAGCUCAGGACCUGAAAGAACUUUUGAAGGAGAGAAGUUUAGAGCCCGUAGAAUAUCUUUUGAAAAGAGACCUUUGAUUUUUAAAAAUGAUGAUCAGACAUGCUGUUGCCAGAGAAAAGACAGAUCCUCCCAGGGUUUUGCCCUGAAUUAUCAGGAGUCCCAACUAUUAAGGCGACGAACAAUGGCUUCAAUGAUGGUGCCUGCCAUGGGAAUGCCAGUCGGUGCCAAUCCUAAUAUCAGUCCUAAUAAUUUGGAUGCAAGACCAGAAACAUUUUCUCUGAGCAGCAGUACAAGUUUAGGAUCUGAACAAAUGGUUCUACCUGUGAUCAUGAAACCCCCUUCAGGUCCCAUUCCUUUUAAAGGAUUUCCUGAUGCUGGUGUCAAGCUUUCCAGUCGUGGUGUCUGUGAUUCUGCUAGCCCACCUUCUUCUAAUCCCAUUCUCAGGCUGAUGGGAAAGAAUUUAAUGGUGGUUAACAAAGAGGAAGACGCAUCUGUGUCACUUGGUCAGGCCCAGUCAUGUGCCCAGAGUAAUCGUCUAACUCCUAACUUUCCAACUUCUUCUGGAAUCUCUCCUAGCAAUAUCCGGAAUCAAGGUGGCCAGCCCGUCCAUCACACAACGUCUCAGGGUUUUUUAUUCUUUGAUCAGAAUCCAAAUUAUUUGGUGGGGCAAUCUUUUGAUGUCCGAUUGACAAACGGCUAUAGAAGCCGUGCAAAUCUUGCAAAACCAGAAACACCUGUGCAAUUUCCAGCCGGCAUGUUUUUCAAUGGGCAUAUGGACUGUGGUUUCACAACCUCCAUGGAGCUGUACAAGUGUGAAGAUAACUAUAAUUUGCCAACUCGGCCGAACAGACCUAAGAACAAAGUAGGUUCAGCAGCAACAUAUGAUAUGGAGAAAGUUGCAAGCCUAGACUGCGGACAUAGGAAUAUUGGGGAUUCUGCCGUUUCCAGUAAAGAAAUCAUUGUCAUUGAUGAUGCUCCUGAAAGUGAAACAAAUAAGACUGCCGAUGUUGCCGAACACUCUGCGGGCUUGAGGGAAUGCCCACUAAUAUUAUCUGGUAUUUCAAUGCCAUUAGUUCCUAAUCAUAGUGUACGGCACAGGAAUCCUUUUCAUUGUUAUCAGUCAGAUGGCACUUUUCUAGGUGACCCAACUAUCCUACAAGAUAACAACUUUAAUGCAAUCCCUUCCGGACGAGCCAAUGCUAGUCCUGUUAGGCGGGAUUGCUCUUCGGAAGGUUCUGGUCAUGUGCUGCAGCAGGCUCCUCUUAUGGCUGCAUCGCCCUCAACAGGCUAUCUGAGAUCUGCACUUUACUAUUCUUCAAGUUUCUCUUAGCAGCUUUGCUUGGGAUGGGAAUUGUUAGAAGGUCUGUGCUGUGCAUCAGCAGGUUUCAUGUCAAACUUGUACUGAAUCUUGAGCUUCUUGAUGACUAAUGACAGACAGAAACUUUUGGGCUUCAAAAAUGAUUUUCAACAACUAAAUAUUGGCAGUUUGAUCUAAUAGAUUCAAAGCAAGUUCAGCGAUUGAGAUCUCAGAGUUUGUAUUUAUUUUUUAUUCAUUUACUGUUGGGUAAACUUUUUGCGGUUUUUGAGGCUUCUGCUUAGACAAUUAGAAAGUUAUCACAAAGACUAGAUAAUGUAUAAGCAAUCCUUGAAUAAAAACUGAUUACCGACCUUGGCUUCAAGCCAAAUGGAGUUAAAAGUGCUCCUAUAGAAAUAUUUAUCUUGUUUUUCUAAUUUUAUUUUUUUCUUUGGAGUUGUUUUCACGUUUUCAAAUGACUUAGCUUGUGAAUCAAGGCAAUGAUUUUGUCAAUCUGACCAAUGAAUGGUGUACUGUGGACAUUAUGAUCAGUGAUCAGUUUCAAUG